UGUUGCUGUUUGUAUUAUUGCUGCAUUUGUUUUCUGCUUUUAUGUUAAUAAUCUUUGUUUUUCUUUUUUUUUCACUUGUGAAGUAAACUGGGAAACAGAGGGUCAAAUGGCAGAAGAAUUUAUUGAAUGCACUGACAGUUUAUUUCAAGUGUUAAAUCAUUUGUAAAUAAUUAAAUAAAUAAAUAAAUAAAAAAGAAUGACAUUUAAUGGCUAAUUGUCUGAUUAAACAAAGCCCUGGCAUGCUUAUUUAUUUACUGUAAAUUUAUUUAUUUACUUAUUUAUUUACAUAUUAACAUACUGUUAAUAUGCAAUUCUUUGUUGUUUUUUUUUUUUAAAAAGGGAACGUGACUAUAUGUUUAUUAAAGUUAUUUUUUCAUAAAUAAGUUUUUCAUAGCACAUUUCUCUUGAGGAAAUAAGCAUAUUCUUUAUUUUUUUAUUUUGUUUUUGAAAUCUGAGUAACUGCUUUUAAAUGUCUUGCUCUACAAUUAUUAUUAUUAUUAUUAUUAUUAUUAUUAUUAUUAUUAUUAUUGUGUAAAUAAUAAUGUGGCUUACAGCUUGAGCUUGAUCAUAUCAGUGUUGAACUAUAAAAUUAUAAACCGCUCUGUAUAUUUUACUUUGUCCUCUAAUCCCGUGCAGCACGUGAAGCGAAUCCUCCCUCCACAUUAUGUCAGAGAAGAAAUCCAGACCCUCAGAUGCGCGUCCCAAAAACCUGCGCAGCUGGAGCGUGGACAGCUACAUCCGCAGCGUUAAGAAGCGCUCGCGUGGUCCGCGCCAUGACGCCCCUGCAAGAGGAGGAGAGGAUGUAGACGCGCCAGAUGAGCAGAACGUCCGCUCAACUUCCUGUCCCCAGAGACGGAGGGAGAGGAAGUGCAGCUGCACGGCUAUCGGAGACGGAGACAUCGACUCCAUGUGCAGAAAAGCGCUGUCUCGACGAUCUCUCAGACAGAAGUUCCAGGAUGCGGUGGGGCAAUGUCUGCCUCUCCGUGGCCACCAUCAUCAUCACCACCACCAUCAUCAUCACCAUCAUCACCAGAGCGGCUCAUCGAGACCGUUCUCGGUGCUUCUGUGGUCCAAGCGCAAAAUUCACGUAUCCGAGCUCAUGGAGGACAAGUGUCCCUUCUCGCCGAAGUCUGAACUGUCGCAGUGUUGGCACCUUAUCAAGAAGCAUGGCGCACAUCAGAACGCAUCAUUAGUCCUAGAGGAUCCCAGAAGCGGAGGGUUGCCUUCGUCCCCUUCGACUUUUAUUUCCUGGGAGGAAGUCAGUUCUAAUGGUGCUUCCAGCUUGACUGAUUGGGACACGUCCUUUAUUCAUGGAGCGCCCCAGUGUUGCGCCCACGCCGACUACAUCUUAGUUCCCGAUCUUCUUCAAAUCAACAACAACCCUUAUUAUUGGGGAGUCCUAAACCGCUUUGAGGCCGAGCAGCUCCUCGAAGGCCAGCCUGAAGGCACCUUCCUGCUCCGAGACUCUGCCCAGGAUGACUACCUGUUCUCAGUCAGCUUCAGGCGCUACAGCCGCUCUCUGCACGCCCGCAUAGAGCAGAGCGGUAAACGCUUCAGCUUCGACUGCCGUGACCCCUGCAUGUACAGAGACGUGAGCGUCACGGGCCUGCUGAAGCACUACAGCGAUCCAGCCACGUGCCUGUUCUUCGAGCCGCUCCUGUCUCGCCCCCUUCCCAGGAAUUUCCCGUUUUCCCUGCAGCAUCUGUGCAGGGCAUUAAUCUGUAGCUGCACUACGUAUCAGGGCAUCGAGACUUUGCCUCUGCCUCACACACUCAGGGAUUACCUCAGGCAAUACCACUUCAAAUGUGACGGGGCUUGUGACGUGUGACGAACUAGACGGCCAAGCAAACGGACUUGUGUUAGAAUCAUAAAGAACGUGGGUUCCUGAGUGGCGUAAUUAUUAUUAUUUUUUAAUUGAAG